AUGUCUUACGUUCCACCACAUAAACGACCUGAAAAUGCUGCAGUCAGAGCAGCCUCUGUUCCACCUUCUCUUCUUACAAAGCAUAACAGAAACCUAGGAAGUAUCAAGAAUACAAAGAAAAUCUACGCAGACGAUUACAUUUCCAAAUGGUUUCUCGUUGGUUCACAGGAAAACAACAACUAUCGACUUGUAGUGCCGGCUUCUUCAGAUCCCGUAGAAUGGAGGAAGGGUGCAGAAGAAAAGCCUUUGCUUAUCUUAGUGAUGACGAGCGAUUUCAAGAAACUGGAAACUCCAUGGUUAUGCGUGGCAGAGAAGGUAGAGAAUGAUCUUAUAUUGGGAUUUGGCAGAGCAAAGAAGACGCUACUACGUUAUGGAUCAGAAGAUGUCAAUCUCAGACUGAUCGCUCGAUUUGGGAAAGUUGUGUUCAAUGGUGUUGAAAGUAUAAGAGAUGUUCCCUUGACUAAAAGCAAAUUGGAAAAACAGAAGAAAUAUUUCAAUACAAAUGUCUCAAAGUCUUACGUCGAAAACAUUGUGUAUGGAGUUGUCCCUAAGAUGGGAUUAUGUGUAGAAGAGACCAAAGAGUUGUAUCACGUGAAGGCUGAGCUUAAUGCUUUGAGGCAUUUAAUUCUCGAUGUAUCAUGCCUUGAUCAAGAUCUUGACUUGAGGCUGGGGGUUGACUCAAAAAACACAAUAACCAAAAAUCUCUCAGAGAAUGAGAUGAAUAAUCUUAAGGAAUUGACAGAUUCAGCGGUGCUUGAUCCAAAUGUGAAAGGUGGUUUAAGGUGGCCGCUAGGGAAAUCUUCAUGCGCGGAUCGAUAUAGUGUUUGUGGCGUUUGGCACACCGUGACAACUACGUACCGAAGCUCGACUUUGAGGCUACAAGUUCGAGAAGCAGAUCGAUAUGAUGUCAGGACUGGAAUUGGAAGAAGCACAAGAGAAGUGAGUCUCAAACUAAAUGCCUUGAGAAAACUACUAAAGGAGGAAGAGGUGGAGAAGGGAUGUGUUUCAGACAUGUUAAAAGAUUGUCUGAGAGCAGUGUGUGAGUACUUUUUGAAAGCAAAGUAG